AAGGAACUGGACUCGAUCUUUUUUGAAGCAAUCAUGAGGAGAUUCGAAGCCAAGAUGUUUUGCACUUUCACCAUCGUAGAGGUGGUCAAUGCUCCGCGGCAAGAGAAUGGGUUCGACUGUGGGUUGUUUGUGUUGAAGUUGAUGACAUGUGGUGGCCAUUUGGAUGAGUGUGCCCGGGGACUGAAGAAGAAGUUUGACAGUGAAGAGGAGAGGCUGGGUCUAGCUCUAUACUUGUUGAACAAUAUGGAGAAUAGGAAGCGUGAUGCUCUCCAUCAGAAGGUACUCAUGGAAACUGUUAGUGGAGGUGAUUCCCUGGAGGGCGGUGUGGAAUGGAGUGGGACUCCUGAAUAAUUAGGGAAUGGCAAGGCACUAAGAUUUUGAUGUAUUUGUUUAUUCCCAAAAAAUCAAAGAACUGGAGCAGU